AUGUCCGAAAACCUCUGGACUCCCGAGAUCAUAGCGACUAUCGUGCACAGAGUAGUCAUGGUGUUCGUCAGCUUGGCCUUCAUCUGGAAGGAGUAUCGCCAACAACAACCGCAAUUUGAUGAAGAGCAGCUUAUCAGUAUCCUCAUACAAAGACAGACCUUGUCACCUGCCAUUGGCAUGACUUCAGCACGGCAAGUUGACGACCAGGUCGAUGUUCGACAGCCACCGAGACUGCGCGACCAUUUCCGGGCCAACUCGAAUAACAUAUUUGCAUCUGCCCUUGGUUUCGACAAUACAUCUCAAAAUGCUGUACCUCUCCAGAACUUGAAUCCACUGCCAGUGCCUCAUUCCCGAACGGCAUCCAACAAUCCACUAGAACUUCGGCAGAUGAACGUCACUUCGGCAAGCCCACUCCAGUCGACCUCUCUGCCAGCCUCUGAUGGGCAGACAGCACCAUUAUCUCCCCUAGGAGAAGUUACACUGGCUCCGACUCUCACAAGUCGUCCAGUCUAA